CUUCCUUUUGCCUGGUCUUUGUUUGAAAGAGGGAGAGAGUGGGUCGUGCAUCUUGCACAGAGUCAGAGGUUCCGGACUCUGGAGUUGGUUUUCGAAGAGUUUGGACCAAGGCCAGUUAUUGACCUAGUUUUACGUGCCGUUGUGCUGAAGGCCUCACUCUUCGAAGAUGAGUUGGUCCUUCCUGACGAGACUCCUUGAGGAGAUCCAUAACCACUCCACGUUUGUUGGCAAGAUCUGGCUGACGGUCCUCAUUGUGUUCCGCAUUGUUUUGUUGGCAGUUGGUGGUGAACCUAUCUACCAUGAUGAACAAAGCAAGUUCACAUGUAACACUCAGCAACCUGGUUGUGAGAACGUUUGCUACAAUUCCUUUGCACCCCUUUCCCACGUCCGGUUCUGGGUCUUCCAGAUCAUUAUGAUCUCAGUGCCAUCCAUCAUGUACCUUGGCUAUGCCAUACACCGGAUAGCCCGGAUGGAGGGUGCCCAACAGCCAAAACCUAAGAGAAAGAUGCCCAUUGUGCAUCGGGGAGCUGCUCGGGAUUACGAGGAGGCAGAAGGUGAUGAUGAGGAAGACCCCAUGGUCUGCGAGGAGAUUGAGCAUGAACCUGAGACUGAGGCUGACAAGAAAGCUCCUGAGAAGAAGCCACAUGAUGGCAGGAGGCGUAUCAAAGAAGAUGGGCUCAUGAAGAUGUAUGUUUUUCAGCUCCUGAUGAGAACUCUGUUUGAAAUGGGUUUCCUGGCUGGCCAAUAUUUUCUGUAUGGAUUUGAGGUGCUCCCUGGCUUUGUGUGCAGUACGAAUCCUUGUCCAUACACCGUCGAUUGUUUUGUGUCACGUCCCACAGAGAAAACCAUCUUCCUGUUGGUCAUGUAUGUGGUCAGUGGUCUCUGCUUAGUGCUCAACUUUGCUGAGCUCUUCCACCUUGGCCUUGGCGGCAUCAGGGAUGGCUUGAGGGGCAGGCGGCUGGCCUCCCGCUCCCCCCGCCCCUCCAAGGCCACCCCCUAUGCCCCUCCAGGCUACCACUCUGUGCUUCGCAAGGACAAGACCAAGCUGGGCAAUGGGAAUGUGCCAUACCGAGACAACCUUGGUGGACUGGGGCCGGGGAGCUUUGAGAUGUCUGAGGCGGUUCACCGACACCUAAAGCUCGCUCAGGAACAACUGAACAUGGCGUACCGGGCAUCAGGAGAGCUCCCUCACCAACCUAGGAGUGGCAGCCCUGAGUCAAACGGCACAGCUGUCGAGCAGAACCGACUGAACUUUGCUCAGGAGAGGGAGGGCGCCUGUGCUGACAAAGCAGGUCUGCGUGGGUGAUGCUGAUGGGAUGGGCUCUUCGACCUUGAGAUUCAGAGAGAGUCGAUGCUUGAAGCAACAAAGGGACCUCGACUGGAAAGACUCACAUUUCAUUCUCACUCUUUCGGCUUUAACAUCACCAACUUGCAAAAGCAAAACUACUGGAAAGAGCCGGAUUGGGAGGGGACACUGGAUUUGGGGU